GGUGAUCCACACUGUGUUUAAGAAAGAAAUCUGAAUUUUGUUCUUUUAUAUAUUAUCGUUUGAAUAUUUACCGCAAAUUUGUUGUUAAUAAAUAAAAUACAAAGUACCGUUCUACACUUUAGUAAAAAUUUAACUCCCAGUUCCAUUAAAAUUAGUGAUCACAGGAUUGGAAAUAUAGAACGUAUCUAAACUGUAAAAUGUAAAAACAACAACAAUACAUCACAAGUUACCUAUCGUCAUCAGCAAACGUAGUAAACUAAUAAACGAAAAUUAGAUAUAUUUUAAUUAAUAAAAGAAGUGCUUUUAAAUAAUAAUAAUAAAUGUUGGGGUUGUUGUAACCAUUGCAAAACAUUACAUUGCAAUUAAACAAGUGAUUGAGCGUGACUUCAUUUUUUAUAAUGGUUGAUUGUGAAGCCAAGCAUUUUUUAAUUUCUAUUAUUAUGCAUAUUUAAUAGGUUUAUGUUUGUUUUAAUACUGAUUUUUUGGUGCAUUUGUGUCUUGUAAACCAUGGCGGAAAGAAACGAGAAAGUAUUAAUGGAAUUACUUAAGUUGCCAGGAAAUAACAUGUGUGCUGAUUGUGGUAGUAGAAGUCCAGAAUGGGCAUCAUAUAAUAUAGGAAUAUUUUUAUGUAUACGAUGUGCAGGUGUCCAUCGUAACAUGGGUGUUCACAUUAGUAAAGUAAAACACCUUAAACUAGAUCGAUGGGAAGAUUCUCAGAUUGAGCGAAUGAAAGAAGUGGGUAAUAUCACUGCAAAACUUAAAUAUGAAGAACGUGUCCCACCUUGCUACAGACGUCCAAAGGAAAAUGAUCCUCAAGUUUUGAUAGAACAAUGGAUUCGAGCUAAGUACCAAAGAGAAGAAUUCUGUUAUCCAGAAAGGCAAUGCUACAUUAGUGGUUAUAUGGUUGGAUUUCUUAUGAAACGGGGCAAAGAAGACAGACAUUAUCAGUCGCGAAAAUUCAUUUUAAAUGAGUCAGAAGAUACACUUAAAUAUUUUGUCCGCGAAAAUAAAGAACCAAAAGCAAUCUUAAGGAUAUCAGAACUAAAUGUGGUUUUUGCACCAGAAAAAAUGGACCAUUUAAAUUCAUUACAACUGACAUUUUUAAAAGACGGUACCACACGUCACAUUUACUUAUACCACGACGACCCUGAAAUUAUAACAAACUGGUAUAUGGCAAUACGAUGUGCUAAAUUGCACAGGUUGCAGAUUGCAUAUCCAUCAGCUAGUGAAGCUGAUCUGGUUGAGUAUCUUCCAGAUGGCUUUGCUAAAGAAGGUUGGCUUUGGAAAACAGGCCCUCGACCCACCGAUGGAUUUAAGAAAAGAUGGUUUACUUUAGAUAAUAGGAAGCUUAUGUAUCAUGAUGAACCACUAGAUGCGCAUCCAAAGGGUGAAAUAUUUAUUGGUCAUGCAAUGGAUGGUUAUAGUGUACGAAUUGGUGUGUCUGUAGGAGUUAAGGAUCAAGGAUCCCCUUUCACUCUACACACUCCUGAUCGUAUAUUUAAUUUGUCAGCGUCUAAUGACAUAGAAAGGGACGAGUGGAUUCAGGUUUUAGAAAAGGUCAUAGAGAAGCCUCUUACCCCACAAGAUAGUUCUAUUUCUGCAAGGCUGGUGAGGAAACGAACGAACACUAAUUCAAUAAAUAUAUUUUCACCUAGGUAGUCGAGGCAUAUCACUAAACGGUUAUUGCUCAUCCAUCACAUUGCCUAGUCCCUGUAUUUAUUGCUACAUACACUGUAUAUUAUUUCAUUUUCUCCUUUUUUAAAUACUCAUCAUCUCUGUACGUAUUGUUACGCAAACAACUAUAAAAUAAGUAUGUAAAGUUAAAAUAUAGUUUUAAAUCGUUUUAUUGUAAUGUACGUACCUUAGUUUAAUGAAUUUUAUU